AUGCCUGGACUCAACUUAUUCACUGGCACAGGUGAAAUGACACUCGACUUUGAUUUCAAGCAUAUCUUCAAACGUAUAUGCAUGCUCAUCCGGUCACCUGCAGGCAUCGUUCUUAACAAUGGCCACAUCAUAAAUUCAAUGAUGCUUGCACGAUAUCUUUCGUGGUUGCCUGCAUGUGACGAGCAGGCAGUAACGAAGCUCCUCCAUCCAGACGACCCUCAAGAUGUUCCUCAUGCAGUCGAACUUAUGCUCGCAGUAAUUGAGUUCUCCAAAUCUCAGCAUACUCUCAUCAGUGAUUCAUUUUCUAUCAAUGUCGAUACUUGUGCCGACCUCACUUCCAUUUCUCUCCUUAGUGCACUACUUCAAUCCAUCCUAAUUCCCUUCAUCGACAUCGAUCUCUCAUUAUCACAGCAGUUUGAACAUCUCAGCCGCUAUGCACACCUUGCUUUCGCAUUUUUCCAUGCUCACCAUCACUCCUUCAUGUCAUAUCAGCUAUACUAUGACAUGCAAACCAUGGUCAAGAACGCCUUCUUCUGCCUCGCUAAGCAACAAUGCCUUGACCCACGUGCUCCUUUCUUUCUUGGCGACGUCAGAGAUGAUCCCCUGGAGAUAUUGUUUGGAUGCACACACAUGAUCGGUGGGCACAAUUCAGCUUGUUCCUAUGCCCAGGCUCUCGACCGCCUUGCCGCUGCAAAAGAUAUUGAUGGGCUUAAUCUGGCUCAUUACUCCUAUGUGGAACUCUUCACUGCUACCUCCAGCAUCGACAUGCUAUGUCCGUUUGGACAAAACAAGUAUCUCGGCAUCAGUGGUACAGAUGACGAGCUCGACAACCCAAGCCAAGUGCCCAGACCUCCCCCUCCCAUCACAACGUCUCCUACCUCACAGUGCCUACUAGAAACGGUGUUGAGUGAGGAUGGUGUUGAGGCUCAGUCCAACCAGCCUCACACUAUAGAUCCGUUGUCCCCUCCCUUACCACAAGGCCCAGGUAUCUGUCCCGACAACUAUCUGCUGUAUAGUGGACGCUGGAUUCACAAACAGACGGUCUGCCGUCUAGUGGUUAAUAAGGACUUCAUUUCAAAAUCGCUCAAUCUACUUGAGCACAUCCGUGCAGGCUAUACGAAAGUCAACAAACGAAUCGACAUGUCAGCAGGGCGUAUCACUAACCAGAACUUAUUCCUCGUCGGAGAUAUCUUUCUUACCAUCCUUCGUUCCACUCAGACUCUUUCUAUUGGCAUACUUCAUUCGACUACAGCAACUCUCAGCGGUAUUUCUCGCUCAUCAAUCAACAUAGGUGUGAUGAAAGCUUCAAGAACCACGGUGAAAAUCACUGGUCAACUCCUCAGCAUCAUUUCUACUCGCCCUUUACCUGACAUCUCCCAGGUAUUCUUAUGGGACAGUAGAUAUAUUACAGCACGUUCAGUGAUUCAAGGUUCCUCGCAGUCCACAGAACGUGUCAUUGUUGUGACCGUCCCAGGUUCUCUCGUUGAGCCUGUCAAUCCCGAGCCUACCUUCAUUAGACUACGUGACGACAUCAAUGUGGAUGAGUUCUUGCAAGUGAAUGGGGGCCAGAGCACAUGGCAGAUAUCAUGA